AUGGCGACGACCCAAGCCUCGCCAGCAGGCUCCUCCAAGGCCCCAGUGGACCCCAAGGCGCCACUACACAUCCAGCACCCGAAAUUCAAGCCCGAGUACCACGCAGCCGUCAGCCCCUGCCUGCUGACGACGGACACGGAGCGAUGGGUGACCCCGCUGUCCGCGCCGGCCUUCUUCCCGCUCGACGUCUUCCACACGGUGCUGGAGGAGCUCACGAGCCACCCGGAACAGAACUCGAGCCUGAUUCUGCGUGCUGAGCCGCUGCCAGUCCACAUCAGCGACGAGGACGACGAGGGGAUCGGCGCGCGGCUCGGCCUGACGCACAAGACCCAGCGGCUGCGCUUCGUGCCGCGCCAGCCGCGGCGCGACUCGCGCCUCGAGCAGCGCGUGUUCACGUAUGCAGAUGCGAGCGAUGGAGAGCAUGGCGAGCAGCGCCUCGGACUCGUCGUCAAACUCCCCGACGCGGAGAGCGCAGCCGACGUGCCGUACUACCACCCAGCGGUGCGCAAGCUCGCGUUCGUGUGGGAGGCGGCCGACGAGUCGGCCGAGGCCGUGUUCGACGAGGCGACCGGCGACAAGGUGUAUGGACGGAUAUCGAUCUCGUACCUCCCGUUCGAGGACUCGCCUUCUGCCGUCGGGCCCGACGUCUUCCUCGUGCCCCCGCCCAACAAGGCCAAGGCGGCGCGCAAGCGCUCCCCGCUCGCUCCGGUGACUGAGGAGCCUGCGGUGGUGCUCGAGGCCGAGGACAAGGCCGGGGCGGACGAGGCGCGCGCGCUCGCCGAGAAGAGACUGCAGCGAACUUGCCUUGCCCUGCUGGAGAAGCUGCACAAGCACGGCCAUGGCUCGCACAAUGGCUAUGUGAAGCGUGUUAUCCACGAUGUCGUAGUGUCCAAGGCCCCGUUCCAGGACCUGUAUCAGGCCUUGAAGGAGCGCCACCACACUCUCGAGUCGCGCAAGGCCAAGGCGUGGAGCACCAAGGUCGAGGACGUCAAGCGACAUGUGUGGAAGAACCCAGGCUCACCAGACGACCCGUCGCUUCCGGCCAAUCUCUCGGCGUGGGGCUCACAGGACAUUGCGAUUGCCGCGUUUCUCAUGCUGCUCUGGAAGGACAUGUACCCUGUGCGCGAGGGGCCCACGCUCACCGGCAUGGAGUGGGACAAGUGGGGUCGCCCAGGCGGGGGCUUUAUCGACUUGGGCUGCGGAAACGCACUCCUUGUUCACAUUCUCAUAUCAGAGGGCUACAGUGGCAAGGGGUACGAGCUUCGCAAGCGGCGUACCUGGCCAGAGUAUCCUGCAGAGACCCAGGCGGCGCUCGUCGAGCUGCCAAUCAACAUGCCCUCAUUGUUCCCAGAGACGCUGGAACAAUGGGAGAGCGGAGAGUGGCCGGGCAGCGAGUCGUGUGUCAUCAAGGAAGACACCUUUUUAAUCGGAAACCACGCCGAUGAGUUGACACCAUGGCUUCCUCUCCUGUCGCUUCUUCCCCGAUCGCCGGUGCCACACUUAUCCCUUCCUUGUUGCCUGCAUACACUCGACGACGCAUUCACGACCCUCGAUUACACACCUCCACCCCACCCGCAUACCCCUGCUGGCGGGUUUGACGAUGGCCUCGAGGCAGGCUCGAGCCGAUACAAGUCGUACGUCAUGUGGCUGGGCUGGUGUGGCUUGCAGGCCGGCUGGCAGUGGGAGAAGGAGCCCCUGCGCAUCCCCUCCACGCGUGGUUGGGGCAUUGUCGCCCGGAAGCGGUGGGCAACGGACAAGGAGCAAGAUCGUGAGUGCCGGACCUGGGCGUUGCAAGAGGUCAACAGGGUGCGCCAAGGUGGCGCCUUCAAGGUUCGGGAGAAGGAGGGCAAUGAUCACUAGACAACGGUGUUUUGGAAACCUGUAUCCGAGCGCCAGCGGUGCUUUCGAACAACCAUUCACAGCGCCAUCAAUACCAUGCACAACCAUACCCAAC